ACGGGGCCGGUGACCGAGACAAACGCUCCUUCUGCAGCUGCAACAAACUUUCUUCUUCUUUGUCCUGAUUUCUGGUCCGACCCGGUCCGGCUCGGCUCGGCUCGGCUUGGUUCUGCAGCGGCGGAGCGGAAAGUUUGGGUCCGGGAGCAGAAAGGAGGGACCCGGGCAGAGCGGGAUCAGAGACCGAGCCGGUCCUGCUGCGGGGCCGCGGGUCUGUGUGAAACUCUGAAAGUGCAGCUGUUACAUAAGAGACACAAAGAAGACCUGAACCCGGACCAAGAGCUCCGGGACCCUGAUCCGGACUCCGCUGGACCGGUUACUCUUAUCAGGACGCACAUGGACGGAGCGGCGGUGUGCGCGCACGCGGGCCUGCAGCGGCUCUGAUCCGGUUCCGACGGUUCACAGAAAACAUGAAACUUUUGGACAGUUGGUCCCGGAGCCGGAUCGGGACCCACGCGCCGGUUUUAAGGUGAAGAAGCAGUCGGAUGGAUUAUUGAUCACCAGUCAGAGAAUGAGUAUUGAUUAUUGAUCUGAUCAGAUCAUCGUCAGUGAGCCUCGGAGUCUUUGAUGUGUUCUGGUUCCGGUCCCUGCGGGUCUGCACGCGCUCACAGCUGAAGACAAGAGACGCGGAUGUUCGGCGGGACGCAGCGCGCCGCUCCGCCGCACAUGGAGCGCUCCGGGCGACCGCUGCUGCCGCUGCUGCUCGGCCUCCUGCUCCGGCUCUGCUCCGCCGUCACCGACGACCGACUCAUCUCCGACCGGUACGCGGUCUACUGGAACAGCUCCAACCCCAGGUUCUUUCGGGGCGAGUACACGGUGGAGGUGGCGAUCAACGACUACCUGGACAUCUACUGUCCGCACUACGAGUGGGCGGAGGCGGCUGAGCGCAUGGAGCACUACGUGUUGUACAUGGUGAACUACGACGGCUACACCACCUGCGACCACCACAGGAAGGGCUUCAAACGCUGGGAGUGUAACCGACCACAGAGCCCCAACGGACCGCUCAAGUUCUCCGAGAAGUUCCAGCUGUUCACGCCCUUCAGCCUGGGCUUCGAGUUCAGGCCGGGUCACGAGUACUACUACAUCUCGUCUCCACAUCCAAACCUGGCUGGGAAACCCUGUCUGAAACUCAAAAUCUACGUCAAACCAACCAAUGACUCGGUGUACGAGUCUCCGGAGCCCUUCCUGACAGACGACACCACCGGUGGCUGCAACAUCGCUCUGCCCCGCCUCUCCCUGCUGUCAGCCAUGUUGCUCGCCCUCCUCCUCAUGCUCAUCCUCGCCUCCUCAUAGCACCUCCUGUUCCUCUUCUUCUUCCUCCAGUUGGACUGAUCGCCGUCUUCCCGUCACUCUGAGGAGAAAACCUGAGACAGGAAACAAAUCCAGCCCUCCUCUCCCUGACCUCUGACCUUCACCUGAACGCCACUCAGCAGUGCAGCCAAUCAGAGGCAGCUGAGGUCACUGGUGGGAGGAGCCUGGAGCUGCAUACGGAGUCACUGCUGGAAUCAUCUUUGCUCUCUGAUGGAUGUUUCUGCUUCGACAGAGUCCAGACUCCCACGUUAAAUUUAACACUUCCCAACCUGACAUACAGACAUACGUGUUUAUGUAUGUUUGGUUGUUUUACAGUUUUACAGUAUAUUUAUCCAACUUCUGCCUCUUAAGUUCCUGACACUUGUUAGAUGUUUUUUUUUAUUCUGCCACCAAAAUGAAACCUGAGUUUCAGUUCAGAUGCCAAAACUUUACUUUGAGUAAAAGUACUUUGAGUCUAAAUACAUUUUUCUACAUAACCCUUUUUUGUUUUUCUAAAAAAAGCCAAACUUAAAGGACCACACCAGCAGUUUAACAUGUUUUAGGUGUUAACUAUGAAUCUACAAACCCUCAAAAUUCAUAAGCAGUUCUGUCGUGCAGAUUCAA